AUGUUCUUUCAAUCUUGGACCUCACAUCUUUCAUCUGCUUUCUCUUCGCAUCCCAUCCUUUCAUCUGCAAUUGUGGGUGUCUCUUCUUUGCUCUUGCUUUAUAAAGGAAAGAAAUAUUACAACGGUGGUCAAGUGAGCUCAGAGUUAUUGUCAAAAUCUAAUUUGAAAGGCAAAGUGGUUAUCGUCACCGGAGCUAGUCCUAAUGGCAUUGGUUAUGAAACUGCCAAGGUUUUACAUUCUUGUGGUGCUACUGUGAUUUUGGCAGUACGUGAUGAAAAGAAUGGAAUUGAAUCCAAGAGAUUGAUUGAAAAGGAGAAUAAUGGUGGAUCCGAUAGGUUGUUUGUACUGCUCAUCGAUUUAACAGAUUUGGCCAGCGUUAAAAAGUUUGCUACUGAAUUUAAAAAACAAUUCUCUCAAUUGGAUUUUCUCAUUAAUAAUGCAGGAAUCAUGAUGUGUCCGUUUGCAACCACCAAACAAAAUAUAGAAAUUCAAUUUGGAACCAAUCAUAUCGGACACUUUUUAUUAACCUUAUUAUUACUUGAUCUCAUCAAACAAUCCAGUGGUAGAGUCAUUAAUGUUUCCUCACUUGCAGCUUCUGGAAUUAAGCAAGCAGAUACUAAAACAUUUGCAUCAUUCACAGAAGAGUCUGUGAAGGGGGAUGGUAGUAACUUAGGUGAGUCUGUUGGAAAAAUUUAUUGUCGUUCCAAGUUUGCCAACGUUCUAUUCGCUAAAAAGUUGAGCCGAGAAUUGAGUAAGGAUUCAUCUUAUGCGACCAGCUACUCAUGUCAUCCAGGAGUGGUUCGUACGAAUUUAGCAAGACAUUUCCCUCAAUGGUUAAUGGUUUUUGUGACUCCUAUCUUUUAUUACUUUACCAAGUCACCUCUAGAUGGAGCACAAACUACUUUACAUCUAGCUCUUUCACCUUCCUCAAGUUUAAAGUCUGGAAAUUAUUAUAGCGAUUGUAAGGAAAAGGUUGGAAAUCCAAUGGAAAAUUCCAUCGAGUUGCAGGACCAAUUGUGGGAAACAAGUUUGAAAUUGUGUCAAGAAUAUUUAGACUAG